CAGAAAGGCGAAAGCGUGAAGUUCAUUGCUCUGUGUGCAUCAUAUGAGAAAUAAGCUCCUCCAGUGAUAUAAAAUGAUCCUUCCACCAUCAUUAGUGAUACAUCUCAGCCUUGACUGGAUCACCUGAAUCAUGCCCUACCUUAAACUCAGCUCAACACUGUUGCUCAUAGCAACAUGCUUCCUCUUCAAAACAGUUGUGCCUACAAAGCGUGUAACCACCUGUGAAAGCCCUGGGAACGUGCAUUUCCUCAAGUGUGAUUCUGGAGUGAUCAGCGUCCAGGGUGGUGUGUAUGGCCGCACAGACCCAGAAAUAUGCGGUGAGGGCCGACCUCCACAGCAGCUUGCUGACACGGAGUGCUCUCAGGAGGGCGCUGUGGACAUCCUCAAGAUGAGAUGUAAUGGCAAGAAAAGAUGUGAACUGAACAUCGAUGUUUUUCGUACUUCUGAUCCCUGCCCUGGCAUCUUUAAAUAUUUAGAAACCAACUUCACUUGUGUGCCACCCAAAUUCUUUCAUGUCUUGGCAUGCGAGGACUCUUUGGCACAUUUGUCAUGUGCAGAAGAAGAACAAGUCAUAGUUGUCAAAAAUGCCAUAUAUGGACGCACUGACCAGAGGACAUGCAUAUUCGAAAGGCCGCCAUCUCAGGUCCAAAAUGACGAAUGCAAAGGCAAAGUCAAGUCAACCGUUGCAAACAGUUGCAAUGGGGAAAAGAGCUGCACCAUCAGAGCAAACAACGCGAACUUUGGAGACCCCUGUGGGGGAACCUACAAGUACCUGAAAAUUAUUUACACCUGUGAAUUUGCUUCUCCAGUGCAGCGUGCAACCACUUGUGACAGCCUUGGAAAUGUCCAUCGCCUUAAGUGUGCUUCUGGAGUGAUCAGCGUCCGGGAGGGUUUGUACGGCCGCACAGAUCCAGAAAUCUGCAGUGAGGGUCGACCUCCGCAGCAGCUUGCCGACACAGAGUGCUCUCAGGAGGGCGCCGUGGACGUCCUCAAGACAAGAUGUAAUGGCAAGAAAAGAUGUGAACUGAACGUCGAUGUUUUCCGCACUUCUGAUCCCUGCCCUGGCAUCUUUAAAUAUUUGGACACCAACUUCACCUGCUUGCCACCGAAGACCUUUCAUGUCUUGGCAUGUGAGGACUCUUUGGCACAUUUGUCUUGUGAGGAGGGAUACGUUAUAGGUGUCCACGGGGCCAUCUUUGGACGCAGUGACCAGACCACGUGCAUAUUUGAAAGACCUCCAUCUCAGGUCCAAAACGAUGAAUGCAGAGGCGACGUUAAAUCAAUCGUCGCAAACAGUUGCAAUGGGGAAAAAAGCUGCACCAUCAGAGCGAGCAAUGGUAUCUUUGGAGACCCCUGUGGGGGAACCUACAAGUACCUGAGGGUUACGUACGUGUGUAAACAUUCAUGGAAUUAACCCAACAUUGCUCAGUGAACAUAACGGGAUGUUUGUUACUGAGGUCAGUGUACAACGAUGCAUUUUUGAUGGUGGGGUUUUUCUUGACUUUUACUUAUCGAAUAUGCUUUAUUCUUCUCUCUGUUAUAUUUACGAUUUAUUUUUACAAUGCAGCAGACAAGGAAAAAAAUACCUAUAGGCUAGAUAUUCUUAUGAAAAAUUAUUCAUCGAUAAGGUUAAUGCAGUUAUUUAUUGAUUUUAUUCAGUCGAAAAAAAAUCAAUUAAGGGGCACUAAUGGGCACCUCCAUUAAUUUAUUUUUUUCCCUAUGUAUUCUCAGUGCUGUAAUAAUCACCUUUAGUUUAGACUACCAAAUGAUGGUUACAUUAGGGGUUGCUAGACCACCUCCAGGGCCCCAUUGGUCUUGGUCUAACUCCCUUGGUCUAACCCGCUGGAGGGUCAGUUUGCCUGAAGUGUCUGCACUAGCUAUGGUGGGCGAUUUUCUUUCCCAUCAGACCCCACCUCCUCACAAUACUUGGCUGUAAACUUGUUCAACUCUGGUAUUUUCUGUGAAGAAAGGGGAAAUUUAAAUAAAAAUAUAA